CGCAGAGAUUGGACUUUGGAGGACAGGUAGUUAGGGGAGAUUAAAGAAGAAGAAAAAAGAACAAUGACGUGAUUGGUAAUAAUAAUAAAAAAUGGGGAAAAUAAGAGAAAUUGAAGUGGACGGGCGGUGGAGACAGGAAAUGAUCUCUCUUUUCUCUCUGGCCAGUGGCCACUAUCAUCACUAUUCUUUGUCUUUUGCCUCCCUUCUGUUUCUUUUCUUCCGGGGCCGGCGGAGUUCUCAUCGCCGAACGAAGCAAUUCCCUCCUGGGAAUAGUUACGGAAAAGCUCACGGCGGUUCAGAAAUCAAGGGUGGGGAAAGCAUAGAGGCAGUCGGAGGAGUAAGAGCUGGAUGAAUAAUAGAAUGGUUCUUCGCCGCCACUGGCACAGGUCAAUCUUCCGAAGAAUUUGCGUUGAAUUCACGCGUACCAGUCCCAGCCGCGACGAGUUGACUGUUUCGGCAGCGAGAUCACUUUGAAUUUCACUCCCAGCUGCUGCUGCGUCGGCGGCGGCCGUCGGUGUGGCUUCUUGUUUUUGUUUUGGAUUAGCUGCGGUUUCGCGGCGGCGAGUGCUCGAGAUCUCUCUUUGAAUUCUUGCAACCAUGGCUCCAGUUCCGCCGCGAAGGGCAUCCGACUCCGAAGGUGCCGGCGGAUCUCCGGACAUUGAAUCUAUCGGGUCGGGCACGAGGAGAUCGAGUAUCCCGUCUUUCAGAAAGUCUCAGCACCGGCAGCGGGAGUUCCUUGAUAGGUUAGUGGACUGUGAAACGCUGACUUCCCAUCUCGGCGACUGGUUUGAAUCAGUCUCCGGCCCCAAAAGGCCGGCUUUUGAUGUCCCUUUCGAGCUAAUAGACCUUCAGAAGUUUGACUACGCAUUGGAAGGGGUUUCGUUUCAGCAGCUGAUUCGAAUGCCCAGUGCUGUGUACGCAUCAUCCACAUCUGAUGCCGUGGAAGCCACUGCUUUCUUAGCGGUUGAAGAUUUUCUCCACGCCGGUGUUAAGGGUUUGUGGGAGGCGUUCUGGAGUCAGGAUGAAGAGGAUGCUCCCCUGCCUUUCUCAGUGGCUUGUCUCUACAGUGAGAAUCUGAAGUUCUACCAAGCUGAGAAGGCCAUAGCGAAUGGGAAGCUCCCUGGCCUCUGUGCGACUGGUGUAUUGGUUAACAAUCCAAGACACCCACAUGGUAAAUGGGAUCAAAUUCUCGAACUGGCUCUUCUUCGGCCUGAUAUAGGGAAUGACCCGCAGCCUUCACACGCCGUGCUGGGUGAGGCUAUCUUUUAUGCUUUACGCCUACUGUUAUCCAGGAAGCUAGGGAGCUUUCAGUCUGCUGAGAGUGUGGACAUUGUCUUUGUUCUUCUUGUUGAUUCGCAGUAUGGAGGGGUAGUGAAAGUUGAAGGUGAUGUAAAUAGAUUGGAGUUUGAUGUGAAUAAUGUUUACGAGAGUUGUGCCGAUUGGAUCAAGAGCCAUUCUAGGAUUUCAGUCUCUCCCAUAGAUAGGAUAUGGAACAAGCUAGGAAAUGCCAAUUGGGGGGACAUUGGUGCUCUACAGGUCCUUUUUGCAACCUUCCACUCUAUAAUGCAGUUUGCAGGGAUGCCAAAGCACUCGAUCGAAGAUCUAGCUGCUGAUCAUAGCUCUCGUCUCCAAGCAAGAAGAAUCGAGAGGCAGUUGGGGGAUAGGGAUACUGCUCGAGUUAAUGGAAAUGGGGCUUUUCGGUACCAGCAGCGUAGCAUGGAACCAGAGAUUGUGGAAGUUCUGGAUGCGUCGGUUAAUAACAUCGAGUCUGAAGAACUCGUGAUGAAGUUGGAAAAUGGUUCGGUCCUGUGGUUGGAGGACACAGACCAGCAGAAGGGUUAUCAAAUUGACGGUGUUCUGUUCAAUGGCGAACUACAAUACUAUCUCGCCUCGCCAGUAGAAGACCCUAGUAGAUCCUAUUUCCUCUACGUUGGUUCUCACCCUUCUCAGCUCGAACCAGCAUGGGAGGACAUGAAGCUAUGGUAUCAGGUCCAAAGACAGACCAAAGUAUUGACCAUCAUGAGGCAGAAAGGCGUGUCUAGCAAGUAUCUACCUGACCUGGCCGCUUCUGGCAGAAUCGCCCACCCUGGUCAGUGCCGGAAGCCCAGCUCCGGUGGAAACUGCGAUCACCCAUGGUGCUCGACUCCAAUCCUCGUCACGAGCCCGGUGGGGGAGUCGGUAGCCGACAUGAUAAUGUCCGGAAGAUUCGGGCCAGAAGAAGCAAUCAGGUGUUGUCACGAUUGCUUAUCCGCUCUUUCAACCGCAGCCUCAGUCGGAAUUAGACACGGUGACAUCCGGCCCGAGAACAUUAUAAGGUCGGGCAGCACGAGGCAGCAUCCGCACUUCGUACUAAUUGGUUGGGGCCACGCAAUACUCGAGGAAAGGGACCGUCCAGCAAUGAAUCUGCAUUUCUCUUCAACAUAUGCUCUCCAAGAGGGGAAGUUGUGCUCUGCUUCCGACUCUGAGAGCCUCGUCUACAUGCUCUACUUCUCGUCCGGUGGGCCUCUGCCCGACUUGGACUCAGUCGAAGGUGCCUUGCAGUGGAGGGAGACGGCCUGGUCGAGGAGGUUAAUCCAGCAGAAGCUCGGUGAUGUGUCUACCGUGUUGAAAGCAUUUGCUGAUUAUGUUGACAGUCUCUGCGGGACACCGUAUCCCAUUGAUUAUGAUAUCUGGAUCAGAAGGUUGAGGAGGAACUUCCAGGACGACGAUCAUGGCAAGGAGAUAGAAUCUUCUUCGAGUUAACGAACAAUACUGCACACUGAACAUCCAACCCUUUUGAAUGAUUUUUGGCCUGCAGGCAAGCUGGGUUUGUGAAGAGUAUUCUUUAAGUACGGGUUAGGUUGGGUUUGUGUAUCUUUUGAUGAUUCAAAGACAAGUUUUUGUCAUAGAAUACGUGUAUGAGAAUGAGAGACUCGAUGCCUGAUGAGGGUUCCUUUUUUUUGUCUCCUUUCUUUUUUCAUGUAAAGAAAAUGUGAGUAUUUGUUGGAAGGUUUUUCCAGGUUGAUGAGUUGAAUCGAUUCUUUUUCCUUUGUAAAGUUCCACUGAAACGAUUACUGGGUCCGUUUGAUUUUGCUUAACGUUCACAGACGCAGCUUCUGGUUAGAUCGAGUUUUUCGUAUUUCGUACUAAUCGGGUUGGGUUAUGAUUCCAUUUGCCUUCUUUCUUUCAUCUUGACCUGAUCAUGUUUGGCCUCCAUUCAGCUGUACAAGAUUGCAGAGCCUUUGCAGUUUUGCACAAGGAAUGAUAUAACUGGUUUAAAAAGGAGGAUUUUUCAUCUUUUAUCUUCAGUUUGUUAUGAACUUUCGAAACGACGUAGUUUCGCAUCCGUGGCUUUAAGCUUUUAUCAUUUUAUGCCUCAUCGGAGGAAACCAAAUGCUGAGCCCUAAAAUCACAAUUUCCGAUUUUGGCACAUAUCCUCUGUAACUCUGUUAGCGUUAAAGGCUUCCGAGUUCUUAGGAAUCAAGCGGCCGCCGCCCAUCUCGCCGGCGAUCAAGCCUCUUCCUCUCUCUCAGCUAACGUAUAGAGCGAAAUCCAACAAAGUAUCAUCAAGAAUAACGAGUGGCGCUUUGCCGGCGAACUCUUCUUUUGCGAGGCCAGCGCCUCUGCCCUGCUCAAUCCCCGGUAGUAUCGAGAGCGAGAACUUGAAAGGGGAAGGAGCAGCCAAUUAUUUUCAAUAUCUCCCUGUAUUUCGUGGGGAUUGAGCAAUGGUGUCGGGUCUGAUAAACGCCAAUCCCGUUGUCUACGAAAAGAAAGAGCGGCGGCAACGACCUGCUUCUAUCUCCGAUGCGGACGAGUAUUCUGCCGAGGCCAUCGACCAGCUGGAAGUGUUUGAUAUCCUUUUCUAUUCUCCAUACUGUUUUUCUUUUUAUCUGUCUUCUUUUGUUGGUAAAAUUCGACAAGCUAGAGUAAUUUCAAAAGCGUUUGAAUUAGGUCUGAAAUUUUAUUCAAUCAGUAGCUUGUAGGACUCUGUGGGUUUUAGUGUUUGUGUUCUUUGGAGAGCAAAGUUUGUUCAUUUGGAGGUAGCUUGAUUGUUUUACAAAUGGGUUUAGGGGUUCUAUCAUCUAUUAUCAAUUGGUUUAUUUAACCUGUGUCGAUCGAAAUUGAGGGUUGAUUCCUCUUUUGUUGUGCUUCUUAACUUGGUUCAUACAUCAUGUGAGAGACAUAAAGGAUCCAGAGCACCCUUACUCAUUGGAGGAGCUUAAAGUUAUAUCAGAAGAUGCGAUUGAAGUGGAUGAUAGGCGUAGUUAUGUUAGGUGGUAUCCGCAAUCUUGUUCCAUCUGUUCAACUGCUGGAUUUUUUUUUUUUUUUUUCACUGCAAGAUACUGAAUUGGUAUCUUCUGAUUUGCUUCAGGGUGACAUUUACUCCGACAGUUGAGCAUUGUAGCAUGGCGACUGUUAUUGGUCUUUGCUUGCGAGUUAAGCUUAUGAGAAGCCUGCCAUCUCGCUACAAGGUAACUGCUUUUUUUCAUACAAUAGUUGCUAUUCAUUAUAAGUUUGUUGGGGAUUCAAGCUUUCGUGCCUUCGAGUGAUAGUAGUACAUGUAGAUUAUCUUGUGUUCUGAAUCUUCUGAUGCUACGUACUUCCUAUGUGAAUCCUCUCACGAACAUCACUUAUUGGUUUGCAUUUUAGGUGGAUAUCAGGGUUGCACCAGGAACCCAUGCAACUGAAGCUGCAGGUACUACUCCCUCUUUAUCAUCUGUGUUUGUCGAUUGGAAACUUAGUCUGGAUACACUUGCUGGAGCUGAAUUUGAACUUUCGGGUUAACUAAAACAAUAAAUCGAAAUGUACUUGGGUUGUGUGCAAAUGAUGAAAGUUAUGUGAUUAAAGCUUUCGUCCCCAAUAAUCUCGGGAUUGAAUUCUGUCAUGGUAUUCAAGAGAAAAGAAGGAAGAUGUGUAUAAAUGCCAAGAAUCUAGAACUGUUCUGUGAUAUACAUGGUGGGAUUGCUUUACUAAUUAAACAUGACUUUAAGUUUCCCUUUUUGAUGUUCUGGUUUCUUCUUCCUACCAGCUUGAACCUAUGCCAAUUCAACCGUGUUUAUUUACCAUACAUUUAUUUCUUUUUUGUUUUGUAGUGAAUAAACAGCUAAAUGAUAAGGAGAGAAUAGCAGCAGCAUUGGAGAACCCUAACCUAGUGGACAUGGUUGAUGAAUGCUUGGCUCCAUCGUACGCUUGAAACCAGAUGUCAUAAUCUCAGCCAAAUGACACAGUCAGAGAUGUUUCUUCCAUCGAAGUGAAUGUGCAUCAUGUAAUACAUCAUCCAACGACCUGUGUUCAUUUGUUGCUCUGCUUCUGUAUACUUGUAGGUAAAGAACAAACUGUAGGUUGUAACCAGUUAUAGGCAACUUGUUUUCGCUUUGAUUUAAUCUGUGUUGGAUUACCUUUGGGUUCUUUGUAAUGAAUAUGACGUACUCUGAGAUGAGACCAAUAAAGGGUAUCUGUGAUAGAACCCUAGCAGAGAAUUCUUCUGCAGCUGGAGAUGAUCCUUCUUGCCUAUCAAUUCUCUGUUGCCUGGCUACUUCGUAUCAAUCAUAUGCUUGAAAAGUCGUGACUUCUGAUGAAAAUGCAGCAGCUGGAGAUGGUACAUUAUCGUCCGUUGAUUCUCUCUUUGGGUCUUUUUUACUGUUGGAAGCCCGGAUGCGCCAUUUCUGUGUUGCCCUGCCCACCAGUUCGCAGUUCGCACCAUCCCUGUCUAGGUAAGGGAAAGCCAUAUGAACCUGAAUAGUGAAUUCCACCCUCAUAUUCAUAUAGAGAGUGAACUUGUCUCUAUACUCUGUCUAGGUAAGGCUAAUAUUUUGUAUUUUGAAAGAUUUUGCUAAUAUUAAAAAAUAUGGGUAAGAUGUUACUAAUAAUUAGUAUUUAUCUUUAAAAAAAACAUAAUGAUGGGUUUCAAUUACAUGUCAAUUUACUUAAUUAUUUUGUUUAUGCGAACAAUGUUCAUUUUACUAUAUCCCAUCAAGAAGAACUCUCUUCGAUGAUUGUUCAUUUCGAAAGUUUUAUUUUGUUUACUCCAUUUGAAAAGUGUUAUAUAGGGGAAUGAAGUUACAUAUAUGCAAACAUUUUCUCAAGGUGACAAAAAUUAUUCUAUGAUUGUUCAUUUCGAAAGAAUUUUCUCAAGGUGACAAAAAUUAUUGGGGUGAGAGAGGCUCGAACUCUCGACCUCAGGAUCACUCUAUUGCUAUGAGACCUACGCGCUAACCAACUGCGCCACCACCCCAAUUUACAAUACCAUAGUUAUCAUUCGAAUUUCAUACUAGCUUUGAAAGCAAGUAAAUUAGUGUUUGUCAUUUUGUUUAGGGAUUACAAUGAGGUGGGUCCGAGAAAAAUAAUGAAUAAAUGUUACUCUAUCUUAACUAGUUUAGAUUUUAUGUUAUCCAUAUACAAGAUUCUUGUAGUAAAUAAAACUACACUCGUAUUCAAUAAAAAAUAAUAGAUUUCUCCAUAUCAUCUUAAUUGAUGUACUACCAAUACAAUCAUAUUAACAUUAUGCAAAUAAAAAAUUACAAAUCACCAAUACUAAGAGAAAUAGUAAAAAAGAACACUAAUUAAAUCAUGAGAAAUUA